AUGGACGACAAGAGUAACGUGAAGAAGGAAAUAGAUGGCUCCCUUGCGCCCCGUCCUCGCAAGGGGGGACUUAAAUUCGCACCCAAAAAGCCUCCAAAGAAACCUGCAAAGGUUGUCCCAAAAACGGAGCCUGUUGAGGAGAGCAAGGAUGAAAUCAUUGAUAAGGAAUUGUUGAUGAAACUGAAGACAUCACAGAGCACUGAUCCCUUUGGAAGAAGACCUAAGGUUGAGAAAAAAGAAAUCAAUACACAGGUUGCAUUUGGGCAAGGGAACUCUUCGUACGCAAGAUCUUUUCCUACGCGGAAGUAUUCGGCAGCGCCAAAAGCACCAAAAGAAUAUGUGGAUCCAUGGGAUUAUACCCAUAGCGACUAUCCUAUAACUCUCCCACUUAGGAGGCCCUACUCUGGAGAUCCUGAGAUUCUUGAUGAAGAGGAGUUUGGAGAGAAAUCGGCCAGCAGAGCUCAGGAUGGCGAAUUAACUGCAGCAGAAGAACUUGGAUUAAUGGAUUGGUCCGACACACCACAGUUACUCUUCUUCCAGUUACCUGCGUCUCUUCCUUUACCAAAGCAAAUGGAAUCUGUUGAAGAACCAAAUACUGGCUCUGAGGAGAAUGUUGAACCUGCCACAAGCUCUAAAGUGGCACGUGGGCAGACACUCCCUGGCUCUAAGAUCAAAGAUCUGCCAGGAGGUCUCAUGGGGAAGAUACUCGUUUAUAAAAGCGGUAAAGUGAAGAUGAAGAUAGGAGAUGCACUGUUUGAUGUAUCUCCCGGUUCAAAUUGCAUGUUUGUCCAGGAGGCUGUGGCGGUUAACACCAGAGAAAAUCAUUGCUGCACCCUGGGAGAGGUCAGUAAGCGCGCGGUUAUUACCCCGGACGUUGGCUAUCUGCUGGGCUCUACUGACAAGAUGGAAGAAUAA